UUGCUACUUACUUUUAAUUUUAAAUUAAUUUAUAAUUUAUAUGCAUCAUUUAUAUUAAUAAUAUUAUAUUACUUUAAUUAUACAUAUGAUUUUAUAUAUGUUAUAUCUAAUCGGCUUAGUUGUUUUUCAGUCGAUCUAGUUAUCAUUUGGAUUCAAACGUACAUAUAUUUUCGUUUUUCAAUUCGUUUUUUUAACUUUAUAAAACUUUUCCUUUUUUAUUAUAUGUAUAUGUUUUUGGAAAAUUUUAAAAAGGAAACUAAAUAGAAAAAUAAAUAAUUAUAUUUUAAAUGUAAUAUUUUUAAUUCAUUAUGGGUAUCAGUGUAAUCAACUAUCAUGAGAGUUAACGUAAGAGCGACACAUAAGAAACUGACUUCUCAAAUAAUAUUAUAGAGAUGUAAAAUAUAUUCCUUCUUGAUUUUUUUUUUAUAUUUGGAAUGAAUUUUGCCUAAUAUCAUGUGGCCAAGCAUAUUAUGAUACUCUACGAGUUUUCUAUUUGAGUUCUAAAAUAUUUUUUAUAUUGUCGAUUUUUUUUUAAGAAUCGUAUUGUAAAGUUUCGAAAGAUAGCACAAUAUUUGCAACUGUAACGAACCAAAAAUGCUCCUUUAACGUAAUAUUUACAUUUUAUAAAUCUAAGACAUUUUUUCUGUGGUCAGUCUAAGACAGUAUAUAUAUUGGUUUGGCGUGCUUUGCUUAUUCACCUCUCAAGAGGUCGACAUGGUUGGUAAAAAGAUAGGUCGACCGUCCACAUGGGUUUUGGACUUUUUGUCAAUAGGAGUUCUUUGAGAUUAUUUAAACCUUUGUGGAAUAACUUUUAUGAAACAUAUAACAGUUGUUAAUUACAACUUGAUAUAUAUAUGUAACACAUAAAAAGCAAUCAAUUAUAGUGUAAUACAACUUGUUAGCCUAGCUAUAGGGGUAUAUGCCGUUGAUAGCUAUGUAAUUUAAUUUUGAAACCAGAAGUAGUCUCUAAUACUGACUAAUUGACCCACGGUUUUCUCCACUAAUCAAUUUUCAACUCUUAAUUAAUCUAUCAACAUUGCUUUGAAUCUUUUCAUCAAAAUAAUUUUUAUAACAGAUGUAUAUAUGGGUGUAUCCCUUUAAUAUUAAAAGAUGAACAUUUUUUAAGACUAACCUUAUGUUCAUGUAUUAUUAACCAACAUGUCAUUUCCUAUGUGGCAACACCAUAUUCACUCUCACACUCUCUAAUUAAAAACCCUCUCUUUACUAGAUUUAUUACAUUCUUUGCCAUUAUUUAUUAAUUAUAGCUUAGCAUAAUGUUUUAAUAGUAUAUUUUGGUAACGUACAAUCUCAAUGUAGACGAAAGAAGUAACCGGUUAUUUGGUAAUGUGUUUUAUAUCAUUUUAAAACCGGUUGACAUAUAUUAUAUUACAUAUGACUACUAUACUCGAAUGUUGUUUAAAUGUAUACUCGAGAUCACACUAUAUCAAAUGAGAUUAUAACUUGAAAUCGGUUUAAUGUAUUUUUCUUAAUGAAGAUUAUAAUUUAUAAUUUGAAAUCGGUUUAAUGUAUCUUUACAUGUGAUCUUAAUGAAGAUGAUAUCAAAACCGAGUGUUGCUUUUGUUGUGUUACUUUUCGAUUUUAUGUUAAUGUGUUUUAUAUCAUUUUAAAACCGGUUACCAUAUAUUAUAUUACAUAAAAAAUACUAAGGAAUCUCAUUUUCAUAUCGAAUAUAUCACACUAUAUAUUAUAUCACAUAUGAAAAUAAUCAAUGAUAUACUCGAGAUCCUUGGCAAUGUUGAUAACCAUCUAUCAAUGCAAUAAAUUAGAAAAUAUGGCAAUUAUGGUAUUGAUUGCCAUAAUAUAAUUUUGAAAGAUCAUAAAGGCAUUGUCAACCACACAAUACUUGAGUGAUAAUGCAUGAUUGCCGUAUGAAUAUUUCAAAUUAGGAAAUAUGAAGCUAAAUAUAACACUAAUUCCGGUUAUAUAUGUACUCAUUAAUAUUGGCCGAAUUUGGUAAUGGAAAUUCAUCGUCGAAACCGAAUCAUAUAAUCAUAUUUUUGAUCUUCACUGACUAAUUUUGAAUUUAAUUUAGUUGACUAGAAUCUCAGUUUGUUUCCUAUACUAUUCCAAUAAAUUUGCAUAGCAACGAUCAAGGCAAGUUUUCAAAAUUCAGUAUUUUGAAUAUAAAGGGGAUGUGAAUAUUUUGCCUUGGACAUAAUUUUAAUUGAUUUUACGGAAAAAAUUAUGGCAAAUGGCUAUAAUUGCCCUCGGCCCGCGUCUUGCAUAUAUAAAUACAAGGCCGUAUGAUUACAUCUCCUCAUCCGUAAAGUAGUAUCCUUAUAUUUUGUUUCUUUCAUAUUUUAGUAUUAUUUUGCUUAUGUUUCGUUUUAUUUUAUAUUUAUAAUUUAGUUUAUGAAAACAAUAAUUUUAUUGCUUUUGUUUCGUUUUUAUCUUUGCUUCAUAAUUUAUUUUUAUAUAAGUUUUUUGCUUACUCUUAUAGAUUCAUUUCCACGAAAUAUACUUCAAUUAAAAAAACAAAUACACAAGUUUUUUUUUAAAUCCAAGCUUACUUUAUAUAGACAUACACAAUUUCGUUGAAUCCCCCUUAUUAUAUAACAUGUAAUAUUUCUUUCUAACACUAUUAACUUUCUAAUACCUAUUGAUUCAAAAAUCUCUUUAAAUCUUUUCGUCCCGCGCAGGGCGCAGGUUAUCAUCUAGUAUUACUGUAUUGUUGAGUGGUUAAUCAAAGACUAAUGGAGAUAUUUGAUUGGUUAUAUAGCAUCAUCAUUAACUAGUUUUUUAACAACCAAGUAAAAUAGAAUGUGGCAAGUAUAUCUAGCAAAUCAGGAAACAAUAUCGCGAAACUUAUAUUAAGAAAAUAUUAUCUUCGGAUUUUAUGGAAUCAUCCCAUAAAAGAUUUAAUUAUUGAGACGUUCAUUUAAUACGACAAUUAACAUUGAUGAUGAGGAAGCAUUAAUUCAUUAUUUACAUAAAAACAAUAUAUAUAUGGAGAACGGAGAAGCUUCAUUUGUAAUACUGUUUCUCAAUAGACAUAAAUCGUGACACUAUUUCUCAAAGAACACGGGUGAUCUCAGUAUGGAGAACGGAGAAGCUUCAUUGACCACUUGCUUGCCUUUCAAGGAACAAAAGCCCAUGCAAACACCUAACUUGGCGGUGAAGCAACGAAAUGGGAGAAAACAACAAAACCCUAAAACCACCAAAGGGCGACAGAGGAUAGAGAUCAAAGAGAUCCAAGAAGAGAACCGAAGGCAAGUGACGUUUUCGAAACGCCGAACCGGACUUUUCAAAAAAGCAGCCGAACUAAGCGUACUCUGCGGAGCACAGAUUGGUAUCAUAACAUUUUCACGUUGCGAAAGGAUCUACGCGUUUGGUAACGUGAACACACUCAUCGAAAGUUACUUGCGUAAGACUCCGGUGAUGCUAAGGUCUUAUUACGGCGGUGAUGUGGCAACCGGAGUGGACGGAGAUGGUCCGAUGUGGUGGGAGAGGGCGGUGGAAAGCGUGCCGGAGGAAGAGAUGGAUGAGUACAUGAAGGGGUUGAAUGGUUUAAGGGAGAAUUUGUGGACAAGGAUCUGCGAGAUGAGUGGUGAUCCAACGGCCCAGAUGAAUGCUCAGAUAUGUCCAGAUCUGAUGGCUCCGGUGAACUGGAAACUGAUGGAUGAAAAUCUAACGGUUAAGAACGAUCAAGGUCAAGCAGGUUAUGAUGGAUAUUAAGGCUUAGAGGCGGUUCAGUUUAUGUCUCAAAGCCAUAAACAAUGAAGAUUGCAAAUGAUCAUUUUC